GGCCCAUGCAUUUUGUCUUUGUAUAUUACUUGUGCUAGUUCAUAGCCUUCGAGACUGAGCAAAUAUUUGAUUUGUAGAGGAGAGAGAGAGAGAGAGAGAGAGAGAGAGCAAGAGAGGAAAAGAAAAGAGAAAAAUGGCCACACAAGCUCUGGUAUCAUCUUCAUCUUUAACAGCCUCAAAGGAGGCUGCAAGGCAUUUACUAGGAGGAAAGGCAGUCCAAUCUCCAUUUGGGUCAAGAAAAUCUGCUUCCUUUGUAGUCAGGGCAGCCUCUACACCCCCUGUUAAGCAAGGAGCAGACAGACAAUUGUGGUUUGCAUCCAAGCAAAGCCUUACUUACUUGGAUGGCAGCCUUCCUGGUGACUUUGGAUUUGAUCCACUGGGGCUGUCUGACCCAGAAGGCACAGGAGGGUUCAUUGAGCCGAGAUGGCUAGCGUAUGGAGAGGUCAUCAAUGGACGUUAUGCCAUGCUGGGUGCAGUUGGUGCCAUAGCACCAGAGAUUCUUGGAAAGCUUGGCCUAAUCCCACCGGAGACAGCCCUCCCCUGGUUCCAAACAGGGGUGAUCCCCCCAGCUGGGACCUACAACUACUGGGCUGACCCCUACACACUCUUUGUCUUCGAGCUAGCCCUCAUGGGCUUUGCAGAGCACAGGAGGUUCCAGGACUGGGCCAAUCCUGGGUCCAUGGGCAAGCAGUACUUUUUGGGCUUGGAGAAGUACUUGGGUGGCUCAGGGGACCCAGCUUACCCGGGUGGGCCCCUCUUCAACCCUCUGGGAUUUGGCAAAGAUGAGAAGUCUUUGAAGGACUUGAAGCUCAAGGAGGUGAAGAACGGGAGGCUGGCUAUGUUGGCAAUUUUGGGUUACUUCAUACAAGGCCUUGUGACUGGUGUGGGGCCCUUCCAGAACCUUCUGGAUCAUUUGGCUGACCCUGUGAACAACAACGUCUUGACCAGCCUCAAGUUCCAUUGACAGAGAUUUGUACAAUAUAUCUUGGUUGCUUGGAAUAUGAUGACCCUUUGGGUCUCUCUCUCCUCUCUCUUCCUCCUAUCUCAUUGUAAGAUUAUGUGAGAACAAUUUGUUGUUAUUAUCUGUCUGUGACUCUCUGUAAGAAAUGACAUGUUAAAAGAGCUAUUUAGAACCCUAAUUGAUGCUA